AUGCUUAUUUCUUUCCCUCAAGGAACCUCUGGCUCUGACUGCAGUUCUGCCGGCCUCUACAAGAGCAUGCUUCUACGAGACCAUGUCAUAAGGAUAAUCUCACUUUGUCAGAUUGCAGUUGGGCUCCUUGGGAACGGCUUAUGCCUCUUCUUAUAUAGCUUGGCCAAGUUGACCAACCACAAGCUGAGGCCCAUGGAUGCCAUUCUGGCCCAACUUGCUUUGGCCAAUGCCAUCAUGCUGCUCUCUAAGGGGAUCCCUGAAGCAUUAUUGUAUUUCAGGUCAGUAUACGUCCUAGGGAAUUAUGGAUGUAAAAUUACAUUUUACAUCCAAAGAGUAGGCAGAGGCUCUUCUAUCUGCAUUACCUGGCUCCUGAGUGCCUUUCAGGCAGUUAUCAUCAGUCCCAACAGCUCUAGGUUGGCCAUUCUCAAGACCAAAACCACAAAGUACAUCAGACCCGCGUGUGUCCUGUGCUGGAUGUUCACCAUGCUCAUAGAUAUUUAUGUACCAAUGUAUAUAAGAGGCCCAAAGGACAGCAACCAAAGCCACAUCAGGGGAAUGGACCUUCAGUAUUGCUACUGGGAAAAUGUGCUUUCAGACAUCAGUCUCCUGUCCUCUCUUCGAGACCUCUCAUUUGUAGGCUGCAUGAGUUUUGCCAGUAGCUACAUGGUGUUUCUCCUGCACAGACACCAUCAGAGAACCCAACAGAUUCACAGCACCAGACCCUCUCCAAGGAGAUCUCCAGAGAUCAAGGCCACCCAAACCAUCUUGCUGCUGGUGGGCACCUUUAUCACAACUUACUGUGUGAGCUGUGGCUUUUUGCUACUUAAUGUGUACUCUGUCAGUUCCAAUAUCUGGGGAGGAAAUGCAUCCUUGUUUAUUACAUUGUGUUUCCCAGUAAUCAGUCCCUUUUUACUGAUUCACAUUGAAGGGAAUCAAUCCAGCUGUGCUCCCUUCUGGAGGACCAGUCCUCAUCCUCAGCAGAAGUCUUAG